ACUUGCAGGAAAAAACAUCAAAAGGCCAUUGUUGGAUGAGCGGUGAAAAGGGUGAAGAGAAAUGUCAACCUUAGUUUAGUCCCUGAAAAAUCUCCCUAAUCCUCGUAUUUGUCUGACCUCGGCCAUGUCUCCCCAGAAUUAAGGAUCUCUCCCGUAUUCCUCCUUCCCAUUCUCCAUAUCUCUUGCAUUAUCCCAUUUUCCAUUUUGUUCUUCCUUGUUUCGCCCCAAGCUCCUUUGGCUGUCUCCCUCUUUCAGGACAUCACCAUGGUAAUCUCUCUGUUUCUUUCCUCUGUUUUUCUAUGAUAAUGUUUCCAUCCAUCUGGUUCUAUGUUCAUGUUGACGUAUGUCAGUGGCGGAUACAUGGAUCAUUAGGGUGUCCCGGGACACCCCUAAAAUUUGGGAUAACGAUUAUCCAACCUCAAAUAAUAGUUUCGUAUGGAUAAAAAAAUUAUAAUCUGUAAUCCGGGACACCCUUAAAUUAAAAAAAAACGAUUAUCCUAAUCUCGGUAGUAAUUUGUGUAUGAUUAAAAAAAUAUAAGUGGUACUUUGUAUUAUUCAAACCUAGAACACUACUAUUAUUAAACAUAUUAUCUAGUUUUCAACUCGUUUCUUGUUCUAUUUUAAACACUAUAAAAUAGUAAAAACAUUAUUCCUUAUCCCCAAUUAUUUUCAAAACCUAACAAUUAAACUAAUUACGGGUUAUCCUUAAUUUGAAUUGAUUUCAUGGUUACACGACAAUAGUUAAAAGAGUCUUUCUACUUUGAGUUACAUCAAGAACAAGGUUAGAAAUCGAAUAUGCGAUCAGUUCGUGCAUUAUUGUCUAGUAGGAUAUACAGAUUUGUUGAACAAUGUAGAUAUUGAGUCUAUUUUAUAUUGUUUUUUCCAAAUAUGAAAAUAUGUCCCGAUCUUUUGUUAAAAUAUGUACUACUCGGAUAUUUUAUGAUUUAUGACUUAUUUAAUUAAUUUUUAAUUUAAUUUAAUUUUUGGAAGAGGACACCCCCUAUAAAAAAAAUCCUGGAUCCGCCACUGACGUCUGUUGUUGUUUUAUGUUAAUAUGUGGGGGGGCAUUAUGGAUAGGCGAACUCAGCAUCGGGAAUGGCAGUUCAAGAUGACUGCAAGCUGAAGUUUCUGGAACUAAAAUCAAAGAGGAACUACAGGUUCAUCGUGUUCAAGAUCGAGAACCAGCAGGUUGUUGUGGAGAAACUGGGGAGCCCCGAGGAAACAUACGAGGAUUUCACCAAGUGCCUCCCUGCCAACGAGUGUCGUUAUGCUGUCUAUGACUUCGAUUUUACCACUGAUGAGAACUGCCAGAAGAGCAAGAUCUUCUUCAUCGCAUGGGCACCUGACACAUCGAAGGUGAGAAGUAAGAUGGUGUACGCGAGCUCGAAAGACAGAUUCAAGAGGGAACUCGACGGGAUUCAAGUAGAGUUACAAGCAACCGAUCCCAGCGAAAUGAGUCUUGACAUUGUCAAAGGCCGAGCUCUUUAGACACAUACUCCGGCAUCACAAGUUGUCUAAGUCUUUCUAUAAUGCUACAGACUUAUAUACUUUCACACACUCACCACCAUUGAAUUCAUUCAUUGUGGAGCUUCUCUCCUCUCCUCCCCUUACCCCUUCCUACUUGCCCCGCCAGCCAUUGUUUUCCUUUUUCUUUUGUGUUGUUCAUCAAUUGGGUUUAGUUAUAUUUUUCUCGGGGAUCCCUUUGUUUUAUGGUUCCCAUGAGUUUCUUAUACUGAAAAGCAAGCAAGCAUCAUCUAGUCUGAUGUAAUUUUUCAUUUUGUCAUGUUAUACAUACUCUCCUUUUGUCAUCAAAGUCGCUUCUCCAGCUAUAAUGUUCUUAUUGCAUUUGCUGGUGAAGAAAGAAAACCAGUAGUGUUGUUACCAAAGCUCUUUCAUGUGUUCGAUUGAUUCACGAGAGUCUAUUCUCUGCCUUAAUGCUCUGAUGUUUGCUGCUGAAGAAAGAAAACCAGUAGCGUUGU